AUGCGCGGAAAUUCGACGACAAUAGCGAAAUACAAGAGUCCAGAGAUGACAAGACUUAAACCAAGAAUGGCUCGUUUUUGCCAACAAGCCUCUUGUAUCUUCGAUGGUCCCCUGCACGAAAAAGAAGACGGCGUGAAAGUAAGCUACUUAAAGUUGUGGGUAGGUGACAAAGGAUUAGAUUUAUUCGAAGGAUUCGCAUUCGCAAAGCCCGAAGACGAUUUGAAACUGAAGGUAGUGCUGCAAAAGUUUGAAGAGUAUUGCGCGCUUAGAAAAAAAGGCACAUUAUGGCUGCCUUGGAAUUCAAUGAAAGACACCAAGGAGAGAGCGAGAGUUUUGAAUCCUUUGCGACAGAUCUGAACAUUUUCGUCAAAGAUUGUGACUAUCAAGAAGAGGAGCGUAUGGUUCGUGAUGCGAUCUUUUUCCGCCGUAAGUCCACAAAAGUUCGGGAAAAGUAUCUCGAUUUGGCCUAAGAAUUGACGCUUGAAAAAGCAGUUGAAAUUAGUCGAAACCACGAAAUGAAUUUAAACAGCCUGAAAAAGCUAUCGAAGGGUGAAGCCAACUGUGAAUGCCAUAGAAAAGAAGAAACAUGCAAAACAAAUGCGUCCACGAAUUAAAAGUAAAGAGAAGAAACCUGAGACUAGCAAGACCAAAGAUAAAUGUGGUAGAUGUGGUUAUGAUAAGACCCAUAAGAAAUGACCAGCAAUGGGACAAAAGUGCGGACUCUGUAAGAAGAUACAAAGUCCUGCAGAUCAAAAGAAUUCCACAAUCUUGAAGAAGUAGAGGACUCUGAUCCAGAAGAAGAAGAAAGUGAGUAAGAAUUACCCUCUUUGUGUACUCAUUGAAAUCAAGCAUGUGAAGGAAGAUGAGGAGUUCUAUGUAACCGCCGAAAUAAAAGAUUCUCAGGUACGAUUUCAGCUGGAUAGUGGUGCGAAACCCAAUGUUAUGUCAGCAAAGGUCUAC